AUGUCGAAUUCGCCUCGUCGUUCGCCACGAAAGAAUAGAAGGGCUAGCACCUCUUUUCUAUUCUCAAAGUCUACUUCAAAACUUGAGAGUGAAGAAGAGCUACACGAGGUUUUAAAGAAAAGGGAGCAACGGAGAUACACCAUAGCACCUGCUAAAAGUAUUCUUAAAGCUUCGACAAACUCUGAAAACACACUAACUUUGGAUCUUAACCAAGAAAGUAUAGCUACUUCAAAAAGUACUAUCAAACCUUCAACUAACGUGGAAAACACUGUAACGCUGGAUUUCACCCAAGGAGGGACACCGAGAAGAAAAUCUUUGGGCAGGAGAGUCAGUUUUGCGGCAACAGCUCAAGUUAGACUCUUUGAAAAAGUUACUCCUGAAUCUAAUCCCAAUGCUGAAGUACAUUCGUACAUAUCAGGAGAUUCUGAUGGCUCGUCCUCGGAAAUCAUGAAUUCUACCCUUUUAGAUAAUGUCGGACUUUUGCCUCGCAUUACAGACGAUAAUUUAUUUGCGAACCUGCAAGUGCACGAUAAUGAUCAGGGUAAAAAUGAGCUCGAUGAUGAUAGUCAUGAAGAUUCUGAUAUGAGCCUUGAAGAAUUUAAUGUGGAUAAUGAAGGUUCUGACAUGGACAUUGACGAAUCUGGCGUGGAACUUGAUGAAUUUGAAGAUCAAGGCGGAUUCGACUGUAAUAUAAUUAGGACAUUAGGUGAAAAUAACCUGAAUGAAAAUAACUUAACUGAAAAUAACAUUGAAAAUCUUGAGAAAAAUGAAAAUUUAGAUCUUUCUGUCUAUCCUGGUAGCCAUACUAUGGCAUUAGUUGAUGAUUUAACCGGUACAAUAAAGGACAAUUCAACAAAGAAAAUUGAACAAGAAUUAAAUCAAGAACACGUUGCCAUUACUACCUCUGGUGGCCAUAUUAUAACAUUAGUUGAUAACUUAACUGGUGCAAUAAAAAAAGAUUCAACAGAGGAGAAUAAGCAAAACCACAGAGAAAGCCUCGAUGCUGUUUCGGUCUAUUCUAGUGGUAAUACAAUGGCAUUAGUUGACGAUUUAACCGGUGCAAUAAAGGAAGAUUCGAUAGGAGAAGAAACAGAUCAAGAACUCGGUACCAUUUCUGUCUAUUCUGGUGGACAUACAAUGGCAUUAGUUGACGAUUUAACUGGUGUAAUAAAAGAAAAUUUGACAGAGGAUGAAUUAGAUCAAGAACUUCGUACCGCUUCUGUCUAUUCUGAUGGACACACGAUGGCAUUAGUUGACGAUUUAACUGAUGCAACAAAGGAUUCGAUAGGGGAAGAAAUAGAUCAAGAACUCGGUACCACUUCUGUCUAUUCUGAUGGUCAUACAAUGGCAUUAGUUGAUGAUUUAGCUGGCGCAAUAAAGGAGGAAUCAACAGAGGAAAUUGAGGAAGAGUCUGAUCAAGAAUCGACUUCUAAUGAUUCUUUGUUACCGUUAAAUUCUAUCAAAGAAUUUUACGAAAAAUUCGAGGUUUUCUUUAUGGAUCAAUCUUCUAUACCAAUGCGAAGACAGACCAUAAUUCCAGAUUUCGGCGAAGAGCCCAAAUUAGCCGAUUAUGUUAAUGCAGUCGCGGUUAUUCGUCCACAAAUGGAAAUAUAUGAAUCUAAUUCAGUAUUUUUUAUGGAACAAGAUAAGAUCUUACGGAGAAAGAUUUCUAAAGCUGAGUCGAAUGAGGAUUAUCAACCUCUGUUGCGGCAAUAUCUUGACAUAACCCCCGAUGUUAAGGAAUUGAUAAAACCUCGAUUCCGAAUUAUCAAAAAAUAUUGUAGAUUGGCUGCGAAAAAGGAAUGGCAUGAUUUGCGUGAAGCUCAAUUGGAAGAUUUGAAAAAGCGACUCGAAGAUAAUCUGUUAACACUGAAAAAGGACAAGGAAAAAACGGAAACAUUUUCAAAAAUAAUACGUGAAUUAUUACCAAAGCUGCGAAUUUAUCAUCAGGAAUUAGCAAAUAAGCUAGCCACGGCUCAGGCAAGGCGGAACGAAAUUGAAAAAUGUGAUCAAGAACAAUUAAUGAACAUGGUAGAUGCCGUGGAAGAACAGAACACACAAAUUAGCAAAUUUCAAAAUGAUUUGAAAAGAGUAAUUGCAGACCGGGACGCCAUUCAGCAAAAGAUAAAUAAUUUGAAAAUAGAAAUGAAACGAUCUCUUGAGAGUAUAGAAAAGGCGAAAUACACGAUUGACGAGAAUAAGGUUUAUACAAAAGAAGAUAUAAAAAAGGCUCGAGAUGAUUAUUAUCGACUUCAAGAACAGUAUUCAUGGAGACCAAUUACAAUUUCGCCUCAAAUUAUUGAAAUGAUAUAUGAUAAUCAUCUUUAUGUGAGAUUAGACAUGGAAUCUAUUAUACGGAAUGAAGAAGAAAAAGAAAUAAUGGGCGAACAAAAAAAGAAUGAAUUGAGAAAUCACGAAGAUUUAGUGGCUCUUGAACUGCGUCUUGAAUCACAAGGAAUUAAGAAGUCGAGAGAACUUGAAUAUUACGAAAUAAUAGUGCGGUGUCUCCAAUCUACAAUUCCAAAAUAUUCUUCUCAGAUUAAAGUCGAAAAGAUACACGAGAUUCUUCAAGGUAUCUCGGUUUUUUGGAAAAAAGCAAAGCUUUUGUAUCUCGAGGUCGAAUCAUUGAAACGCAAAUUCACCACUGAGAUAUUGGCCAUCAGAGACGAGAACACCGAAAAGACAUCUUUAUGCCUUCGUUCCUCUUUUCUCAUCAAGCCAACAAAAUUUUUUUUAAAUUUUGUAUUCAAGUACCAAGAUAUUCUUUCUUUUCCCGAAUUGCGUCAACUUCAAUGGGAAUUUGAACUGGGAUAUGGUAGCUUUAAUGACGAAAUUCAAGUUGAAAUAUCAAAUGCCAUUCGACAUAAGUUUGAAAGUGGUGGUCCUAAAGCAUUGAGAGAAGCAUGUGACGAUGUAUUAAAAUUAUUCGCGUGA